CUGUGCUGGAUGCCUGUGACCUCCUGCAGCUGUGCUGGAGGUCUGUGUCCAUCCUGCAGCUGUGCUGGAGGUCUGUGUCCGUCCUGCAGCUGUCCUGGAGGCCUGUGUCCGUCCUGCAGCUGUCUGUGCUGGAGGCCUGUGUCCGUCCUGCAGCUGUGCUGGAGGCCUGUGUCCGUCCCGCAGCUGUGCUGGAGGCCUGUGUCCGUCCCGCAGCUGUGCUGGAUGCUUCUGUGCUGGAGGCCUGUGUCCGUCCCGCAGCUGUGCUGGAGGCCUGUGUCCAUCCCGCAGCUGUGCUGGAGGCCUGUGUCCGUCCCGCAGCUGUGCUGGAGGCCUGUGUCCAUCCCGCAGCUGUGCUGGAGGCCUGUGUCCGUCCCGCAGCUGUGCUGGAGGCCUGUGUCCGUCCCGCAGCUGUGCUGGAGGACUGUGACCUCCUGCAGCUGUCUUGGACGCCUGUGACCUCCUGCAGCUGUGCUGGCCAGGCUCCACCCCUGGCCUGCCGACAGCCCACACUCGGCUGA